AGGCAGUCUAGGAACGCGCCAAGAGGCCCCCAAGAGGCCCACAAGAGGCUUCCGUAGCCAUUUUGGCUCAAGUCAUUUCGGCUCAAGAUUAGCCGCGAGAAGGGCGAGCGCAUUCCCAAUCCACAGCUUCUGGUCAGGGCCACACUUCGCCACCAGUUGUUCUGCACGCGAUGACGUCCACCGAUGAGCUCAAGGAGCUGAAGCAGAACAUGUCGCCGUGCGUCGCCUGCUGCUGCUACGAGCUGUCCUGCACUGCCAGCCAGGCGAUGAAUCCGCCGCUCAUGGGCACCUUCAAAGUCUGCUGCUGCGCGGGAUCUAUCGCGCUCGAGUGCUGCUGCAUCAGUUGCGAGCCAGACCCCUGCUGGUCCGAGGAGCGCGGCAUCUGCGAAGUUGCCAGCAAGCUCCUCUGCUGCUACACGGAGGUGCAACUCCCACCCGGCAAGGACAUCGGCUGCGGCUGCUGCGGCGUUGCGUUCUGUCGCUCGAGCGACGACGCACCUCCGGCCGAGGAGUGAGGGGCACCCGUUCGGGGCGCGUGUCACGCGCACACAUCAGUUUAUACGAAUUAGGCAUCUUCAGUGUUUCGCCGGCAAGUGCAAACAUGCGGCGCAGUGUACAAUAUGUUGCCAUUGUUGUGGGGAUGACGGGCUCUGCUGAACACUGUCUGCAGCAAAGAUGCUUGUCUGUGAGAGAACAACAGGAAGCUUUUGUGACUACCCUCGGCGUUUUCCCCGGUUGGCGCCGAGAGGAGUCCGAGUGACGAGCUUCUUUGCGAUUGCCGUGGUCAAGUAUCUUCGGGCUCCGCUGAACACGGUCUGCGGCAAAGGCGCCCGCGUGCGAUUGAGAAAA